CAACACUUCAUGCCUGUGACAUCCUACAACAUCACAAUGCAUGAAUGAGGAGAUAUCACUCUAGUGAUAACGCAGAAGAUAUUCUUAUGUAGUCAUGUACACAGACGCAAAAGUGUAUCUGCGUGGGUUUGUUCAUUUAGUGAAGGUAUCAGAGCAGAAGAUAUAUGUUUAAAGGAUGGAGAUAGGACGACUGGAGGCACACUGACCCUGUGUAGUGAAGUAUGUUUACACUGAGUGGAGAACACAAUGUUCAUCUAGCUUCACAUCGGAAGAGGCUCUAUAUAUCAGCCACAAGACUGGUGAUUUCAGGAAGGAAACUGGGCCUCAGAGACGCUAUCACAGGUGCCACCACAAGCUGACAGCAUGUCAAAGCGCUUCACCUAGAGGCCAUAUGGGUAUUUGUGGACCUGAUGCCCUCGUCAUGGAUUUCCACUGCAUGCUUUUAUGCUUUAUAGCAGUUGCAUUGUCAUUUUGUGUAAGCUGCAACUGCACAGAUGAAGAAACCCAUUUGUCAGGUGACCAGGCAGGCCGCUUGAGACACAUGUGGCUGCUCUCAAUGAGGGAUGCAAAGAGGAGAGAGAAAGCAGCCGUGGACGAGUCUAAUCCAGCUCGAGGUCUCGUCACACAUCAGCUCCUGUAUUGCCGUGUUGGGAUUGGUUUUCACCUACAGAUCCUGGCGAACGGCAGUGUGUGGGGCGUUCAUGAGCCUUCUGAGUACAGCUUGCUGAGAGUGUUUGCUAUGAGGCCGGGCAUAGUGGGUAUCCGUGGUGUGAAGAGUGAACUGUAUUUGUGCAUGAAUCAGGAAGGAAUUGCUCAUGGAAUGAAGAAGUUCUCAAAUGAAUGCCUGUUUAAAGAGCGCAUGGAAGAAAAUCACUACAACACGUACUCCUCUCUGAGGCACGCAGGGUUUUUCCUCGCUCUGUCCCAGCAAGGGAAGCUGAGGAAAGGCAACAGGGUAGGCCGCCACCAGGCCUGCACACACUUUCUUCCUCGCAAACCCUUGUCUCGCUAAACUCUCAUCUGACACAUCAUAUCUAACUUGCCAGCUAGGCCUACUACAUGCAGCAUCAACACUUAAACCUAUGAUGAAGCAGUCACUGGGUGCUGUAAGCUCAUUUUGACAAACAUAAAUUGUCCCUUCUACUGGACAGACGAAGAAAGUGUUUG